GAAUUUGAGAUGACAUCCAUUGUAAACUUUGAGGGUAUUUGGGGUGUUGGGAAAGAGACCCCACACUGCUACCUCCUCACAGUGGAUGACUUCACCUUCCUCCUUGACUGUGGGUGGGAUGAAAAAUUUGACAAGGACUACUUGGAUCGUCUGACAAAAGUCCUGCCACGUGUUGACUGUGUCCUCAUCUCCUAUCCUGACCCGCUGCACAUGGGGGCUCUGCCAUACAUGGUAGGGAAGUGCCAGCUCACCUCUCCUGUGUAUGCCACUGUCCCAUUGUUGAAGAUGGGCCAGAUGUUCUUGUAUGAUUGAUAUCGGAGUCACCAUAAUUAUGAUCUGGUUGAGCAUUUUUGUCUUGAUGAUGUGGAUGCUGCAUUUGACCUCAUCACUCAAGUCAAGUACAACCAGAGUAUACCCAUGAGAGGGAAGGGUAUUGGCCUCAGCAUCUCUGCCCAGCCUGCAGGUCACAUGAUUGGUGGUGCAAUUUGGAGAAUCAUUAAGGAUGGGGAAGGCGACAUUGUGUAUGCAGUGGACUUCAACCACAAGAAGGAAUGUCACCUUGGAGGUUGCAAGCUGGACAAAAUCAGCCGGUCCUCAUUGCUGACCACAGAUGCCUUCAACUCAUCCUACUGGCAGGAACGGCGCAGACACAGAGACGAGAAACUUGUGGCCCAGCUCCAGGAGACUUGCUGUAAUGGAGGCAAUGUCCUGGUGGCCACAGACACUGGUGGUGGUCAAGUGCUGGAGAUGACACACAUGCUGGAGCAGAUGUGGAACACCAAGGAGAGUGGGCUAUCAGCUUACUCAUUGGCUAUCCUCUCCAACACUGUUUACCAUGUUAUUCACUUUGCUAAACAGAUGAUUGAGUGGAUAAGUGAAAAGUUGACUCUGAGAACCAAUCCAUUUAGCUUCAAGCACCUCAAAUUUUGUCACAAUCUCAUUGACCUCAGUCACCUCCCAUCACCAAAGGUUGUAUUAGCGAGUUUCCCAGAUCUCGAAAGUGGAUAUUCUCGAGAGUUGUUUGUCCAGUGGGCCACCAACCCCAAGAACACCAUAAUUCUUACAUCAAGGACAGGGCCAGACAGCCUUGCCAGAUGCCUCAUUGAUAAUCCUCAGAUCAGAACCUUCAGGUUGCUAGAGAAGCAUUGGGUAAGGGUGGAGUGCUCAAGUGACAGUGAGGAUGAUGAGGGUCUGCAAGCAGGGAAACAUGAUAUCAUUGUGCUACAUGAGAAAGCAGGCAACCAGAGCAUGUUCCAGAGCUGCAAGCACUACCCAUUGUUUCCUUACCAUGAAGACAAGGUGAGAGGAGAUGACUAUGGGGAAUUCAUUAACCUGGAGGACUUUGAGAUCAGUGGCCUGAAGGAGGAAAACAAGGAGAAUAUUGACCUACAGAUUCCUUAUGAUGAUGAUGACAUGAUGGCAAGACUCUGGCAGUGUGUCCCUGGGGGGACACUUCCUGCUUCCGUCAGGAAAGGAUGAGUUGCUAUUGUAUGCAAAGUAAAGGCCAGUGAAAAUUUGGAAGAGUAAUUUUGUUUUUGUUGUCAGUUCACCAGCUCAUUUUUCUGGAAGUAGAAUUGUUUCUGGCAUUUUUUAGAACCCUUAGCAAUACUCUUUUUGGGGUUCCAACCUUCCACCCAGCAACUCACUCCUUCAUGCACUACCAUAUACGGUGGAACCUCAGUUUUCGUGAUUAAUCUGUUCAAAAAAAAUCUGAUGAAAACCAAAUGUUUAAAACUGAACCAAUAUUUCCCAUAAGAAAUAAUGUAAAUCCAGUUAAUCCAUUCAAGACACCCAAAAAAUAUUAACAAAAAUACAGUUUAUAGAAAAUAACUAUAGUUUUUACAUACAGAAAACAAUGAGAAAUAAAUAUAAAUGACUAAUGAAAUAGAUAAAUGAACAUUUAACAUCAUUUUUACCUUUAUUGAAGACUUGUUAGCGUAUGGAACUGAUCGUUGAUGUGGACUUCCUGUACAUCCUGGCGAGAUUGGACAUGCUUAUGCCACUUUUGUAUUAUGCUACAAAUUCUUUCUUGAAUUCUAUUGUGUUUCUCGCCUUCUUUAUCAAAGGAUUGGCGCUUGGAACUUUUUUUGGCCCCAUGGUGGCUAUUUAGCAAUUGCACUCAAUAAACAAGCACAAAAAAUGAUGGAUUGUUAGAACAUUUUUUUGGAUGAACGGAUGGGGAUGAUGCUCACUCAACAAGAAACAAUGGCAGACGGAGUCACGAACACAUGGAAUGCAUUGUGUCGGCCCUCGAUUCCAGGCAAUGAGUGGCUGAGUCAUGCCAGUGGGUGGACGGGUUUGAUAUGGAUGUACAAAAACUGGGACAAAAUUUUGAUGAAAAAAGUUGUCAAAAACCGAAUUGUGUGAAAACUAGGGCAUGCAAAACCCAAGGUUUGACAGUACCAUUGUUUUAUAGGACAAAGCAGCUGCAUGGUGUGUUUAUGGGAGGAAAUGACCCUGACUGCCAGGCA